GGAAAUUCUCAAUUCAACUCUAAUCAAGGCUUAUUGUGUAUUAGUAUAAUAAAAAACAAUUAAUUGAUUUUGCGACGAUUACUAUUCAUCUUUAGUGCAUGAAGCUCAACUAGAUCAUCUUCGUCUUUAGAGUAAUUACAUGAAGCAAAGCGAAAUAAAAUAAAAUCAAAGCAAUAAUUUUCAUUGUUAUUAAAUAAUUAUAAAAAAUAAAAAUGCUAUGGGUCGUCUAUUUUAAACAUCGAUAAGCAAUUGUAACGAAAGAAGUAAACAUUAUAAACGAAUGAUAAUAAGAACGAUAAGACAGCAUAGCCAGCCAGUCAGUAAAUACAAUAUUUAGAGUCCUGAUUAGAAAAUUUAAAAGAAGGAAGUUAGAGAAAAUACUCAAACAACAAUCACAUUCAGCGAAUCAAUAAUAAACUGUCUGUCUGUCUUAACUAUAAAACUGUCUGCCUGUUUCAUUUGUACAUAUUUUUGUUUUUAUUUAUACACACAUUGUGAUAAAUAUUGUUUUUGUUUUGACUCAGUACAACAUAGUUCAGCUCAGAACGCCCUCAAAUCAUUGUUAAAGUUUAAGUUACAAUUUACCCGCUUAUAUUUGUUUCAAAUCAGUCAUUUUUCAAUACACAAACAAAGAAAAAUAAUAUAUUGAAUAUAAACAGGCCAUAAUAACUGCUGCUUGACUGAUAACACCAUAACAGAAGUCAACACAUUUUGAAAACAGUUACAAUCGAAAUAUCAACGAAUAAAGUAGCUCCUGCUCUCAUUCUCAUCUGAAACUUGCGCUUAAUUUUUCAUCAGACUAGCACAAUAUGAGCGACGAUAAUUUACCUAUAGUCGAAAAUGAACAUCAACCUGCAUCUAUUCGGCGUGGACCACCCGAUAAUGAAUUGGAUCCCCAACCUACCGGAUGCGGUGCUUCGGCAUGCUGUAAUCCCUCCAGCGGAUUUCAUCGUUUUCUGGCUUUGAUUUUCAUGUGUCUUUUGGGUUUUGGUUCCUACUUUUGUUAUGAUAAUCCCGGCGCCUUACAAGAAGUCUUCAAAAAGGAUUUAAACAUCACAACCACUGAAUUUACUCUUAUAUAUUCAAUUUAUUCCUGGCCCAAUGUUGUUCUAUGUUUUGUGGGUGGUUUUCUAAUUGAUCGUGUUUUUGGCAUACGUCUGGGCACCAUUAUCUACUUAUUUAUACUGUUGAUUGGUCAAUUGCUUUUCGCCUCAGGUGGUAUAUUGGGCACUUUCUGGAUAAUGAUUGUCGGUCGUUUUAUAUUCGGUAUUGGUGCCGAAUCAUUGGCUGUGGCUCAGAAUAACUAUGCCGUUUUAUGGUUUAAGGGUAAAGAAUUGAAUAUGGUGUUUGGUUUGCAAUUGUCGGUGGCACGUUUUGGCAGUACAGUUAAUUUUUGGGUAAUGCAACCCAUUUAUAAUUAUGUUACGAAAUAUUAUCCCGAUCAUAGGGCUCUAGGUGUGGUAUUGCUGCUGGCAGCUGGCACCUGUGUCAUGUCAUUAAUAUGUGCUCUUAUACUGGGCUGGAUGGAUAAAAGAGCUGAACGUAUUUUACAGCGUAAUAACAAUCCUUCAGGUGAAAUUGCCAAACUAAGUGAUAUAACUACAUUCAAAGUUACUUUUUGGAUGGUGUCCAUUAUUUGUGUGGCUUAUUAUGUGGCCAUAUUCCCCUUUAUUGCUUUGGGCAAAUCUUUCUUCAUGGACAAAUUCCAUUUAACGCCUGAUGAAGCCAACAAUGUUAACUCCAUUGUUUAUCUUAUUUCUGCAGUAGCUUCUCCUCUGUUUGGUUUCAUUAUCGAUAAGACAGGUCGUAAUGUUUCAUGGAUUUGUGCUGCCACUUUGUCGACCAUAGGAGCUCAUACUUUAUUAGCUUUUACCAUGUUGAAUCCCUAUGUUGGUAUGGUUUUAAUGGGUCUAUCCUACUCUAUGUUGGCGGCUAGUCUUUGGCCUUUGGUGGCAUUAAUUAUUCCUGAAUAUCAAUUGGGCACUGCUUAUGGAUUCUGUCAAUCUGUGCAGAAUCUUGGUUUAGCAGUCAUUACAAUUUUGGCUGGCAUGAUUGUUGAUAAUAGUAAUGGUGAUCAUACCUAUGUGGAAUUAUUCUUCUUAGGCUGGUUAACAAUUGCCUUGAUAUCCACUUGUGUAAUAUAUGUGUAUGAUCGCAAAACUGGAGGAAAUUUAAAUCUGACACCAGCUCAACGUACCGAAUACAAUAAUGCAAUUGCUGCGGCUAGAUUGAUGAAUGCAGGUGAUGGUGUAAAUAAUGAUGAAUAUGCCAGUGAUCAGGAGCCAUUGCUAAAUAAUUAAACGAAACACAAUUAAUACGAACUCAUUUGUUGCUAACAUUUUUGUAAAUUCGAUUUGAUAAAACAACCACCAUACAUACAACAAAUAAAUAUAUUUUUAGUUUAUUUAAUGGGAAAAUUAAAAAAAAUAAUAAUUAAAACCAA